CAUCCCGUGCAGAAAAACCCCCGGACGGUGCGUCAGGCCGAGGAGGUGCGGGGGCUGGAGCACCUGAGCAUGGACGUGGCUGUGAACUUCAGCAAGGGGGCCCAGCUGAGCCCCCACAUCCACAACGUCUGCGCCGAGGCCAAAGAAGCCAUUUACACCCGCGAAGAAGAUGUCAAGUUUUGGCUGGAGAAAGGGGUGGACGGCUCCAUGUUCGAGGUGCUGCCGCAGGGCUCGGACCUGCCGGAGCUGCAGCGCUGCCGGCUGUGCCCUGACCGCUGGAAGCCCUGCAUCUGCAGCUACUCGCUGAGCAUCGAGUGGUACCCCUGCAUGCUCAAGUACUGCAAGAGCCGGGACGCCGGGGGCAAGGUCUCCUCCUACAAGUGCGGCAUCCGCAGCUGCCAGAAGGGCUACACCUUCGACUACUACGUGCCGCAGAAGCAGCUCUGCCUCUGGGACGAGGAGACUUAGCUUUCCCGAGGCUUUUCCGAGGGGCAGCUCGUCUCCUGCCGCUCUUCGCGAUGCCAAGGGCUCCUGGAGGUGGCUGCUCCGAGGAAGGAGUGCUGUUCACGGUGGUGCCUCGUGCCACGGGAGAGCUCUGCGUGCCUUUCCUUCUGGCCUCCUGUGCCUCCCUCCCCUCAUCCCGUGACAGGCAGGCUCAGCUCGCCCUGUGUGAUGCUCUCCUGCCAGCUGCCACAAAUCCAGCUCCCUGGAAGCGGGGGAGGCGGGUUUUUGGGGGGUGAGGCACUGUUGCCCUGCUCUGGAGCAAAAGGGGCAGCUCUGAGCAGUCACCAGCCUCGAGCUGUGCGGUCAGGGCAGGGAGGGAAAUGCUCUUGCUGAGCUGGGUUGUCAAACGUCUCUGCCACUGAAGAACCCCCUUCGCUGACUUCCCCACCUCCUGGUGACGCAGCAGCGUUGCCCAGCGGGAAGACAGCUGAUUUUUGGGACCACAUCCCCUGAGCAAGGAAGGUACGAAGCCCACCCAAAGCAAGAGCCUGCCUGUAGCUUUCUCUAGUGCCCUGCUGGCUGUUCUGUCCCUCCUGUGGCCAGAGAUUUAUUGGGGGGAUACACCCCAGCAAGG